CGGAGACACAUGACCAACAUCGAGUCGGUGCUCCAAGCCCGGGAGCGACAGCAGCUGCGGCCCCGGCGCCUCACGACGCCCGUAGCCUACACGGACGAGCUACUCGGCGGGUUUGCGCCCCAUGCCAUAUCUCCCAUCCGCCGCCUCCACAGCCAUGCGGCGCUCGUCAAGCGCUUGGUCUGCGACAGCGUGCUGGAUGGCCACCACGGCUGCGUGAACCGCCUUAGCUGGAACCGCGAUGGAUCGCUCCUUGCAUCGGGCUCGGAUGACACGAACGUCGUGCUCUGGGACUUUCAUCGCCGGAACGCCCGCCUUACGAUCGCGACGGGGCACUCGAUGAACAUCUUUGGCGUGUGCUUUGUGCCUGGGACGAACGACCACGUUGUGGCGUCCGCUGGCAUGGACUGUGAGGUACGUCUGCACCACGCGCCGUUCCGUCCGCAAGGCUCGGAGCUUCUCGCGAGCCACACUGGACGCGUCAAAGACCUUGCAGCGUCCCACCUCGUCCCACACGUCUUUUGGAGCGGCGGCGAAGAUGGCAUCGUGCGGCAGUUUGACAUUCGCGCGCUCGGCGAUCGCAACAACGCCCGGAACACGCUCGUCAACCUCGGUCGCCCGCGUCUCGAUGCCCGGCGCCUGACCGUGAUGGGCAUGAGCAUGCACCCGGCGGACGCAACCAAGAUGGCGAUAGCGUGCGGCGACCACUAUGUUCGCAUCUUUGAUCGACGCAUGCUCCGCAUGAACGAAGAGCACGCUUCGGUGCCGCUGCAGCUGCUGACGCCGCCCCACUUGCACUUUGACGCCGGUCUGGAUUCGCUGACGCGGUACCACAUCCGUGAAGCCCAUGGCACAAGCGUCCAGUACAGUCCGGAUGGCAACCAGAUCUUGGCCAACUACCACAACGACCACAUCUACCUCUUUGACGUGAACGAGCGGACGGCGUUCAAACCACUCGAGCCGGUGUGGACGCAUGGGAUGCACAUGGACGCGUGGGCGUACGACAAACCGGCGCCGUCCGAGCCGCUCAACGACCUACUCGACCUCGCUGAGAAGUGCGUUGAGUGGUCCAAGCCGUCGGCGGCACUCGAGAUCCUCCGCACGUUGCGCCCGCCGAACUGGCAAGACAACGCGAUUGUCCUUCGGCUCUGGACGACACUGGCGCGCGCGUACAUCGGGCGAGCAUGGCGCGGUGAUGGCUUUCUCGCGCUGCAGUACGUCCUUCGGUGCCUUCAGCGGACGCCGACGCCGACGGACGACCUGCUGCUCGUCUACAUCCAAGCACUCUCGGCCAGUGGCCGCCAGCGCGCCAGUCGUCGCGAGGCCCAGCGUCUCUUGCGCACUGCGCCCUUGCUGGCCGAAAAACUGGCUCCGUUUCUGCUCAAGCGCCGACGCCCAAGCGUCGAGUCUUCACUCGAGGACGAAGACGACGAUGAUCAAGAUGAUCAAGAUGAUCAAGAUGAUCAAGAUGAUCAAGACGAUCACAGUGACGACACGGAUAGAAUGGACGAGAGCGAAGCGACAGAAGGGGGCGCGUACGAGGAUGCGACGUUCGAACUCGCGUCGUCGCCCGAGAGGUCCUCGCCAUCGUCGGAGUCGGAGUCGUCGAGUGGACGAUUGUCGAUCGAGAGCGCGGACGAAGGUGGUGUUGCACCCAUCGAUUGGGGCAAUUUCCACCUCGCGGACGCUACAGAUGCCACGCUGCACGUCCUUCGGCGCUACAUUGGCUACUGCAACCUGCACACGGACAUCAAGGAGGCGACGUUCUUUGGCGACGAGCACAUUGUGGCCGGGAGCGAUGACGGAUACGCGUACAUUUGGGACCGCGCGACCGGCUGCCUUGUGAACGCGCUCAAGGCGGACGAGGACAUUGUCAACUGCGUGCAGGGCCACCCGCUCCAGCCCGUGCUCGCGACAAGCGGCAUCGAGAACGUCGUCCGGCUCUGGUCGCCGGUCGCCGACGUCGACGUGUCACCGACGGAAGACGAGUUGGACGCACUCGUGGGGGCGAACCAGCGGCAAAUGCAACAAGAAGCGACGUUUCACGAGCGGCACCGCCACGCCGCCCGCGUCACGCGUAUCAUGGAGAACCCCGAAUUGCUGCGGAUGCUCUUGACGGGCCGGCCGACGGAGGGUGCGUCGGGUGGGAUUCCACCGUGUGCCCAGAGCUGAUUGCGUGCGUGCUUUGGUUCAGAGACAGAGUAGCGUAGUAUUGUGCAACACUACAAUGAGAAACAACUCGAUGAACUAACUGUCCA